GCGCUCCCCGCUCAUUCCCGGGACUUCUCCUCCGCGACAGGUGAGCUGCUUCUGAGUCAAUUCCUGUGGCUGAAACCUGCCCGGUUUACUGUUUCCUUGGAUUCUUGUUCUUCCUGAUAAAUGCAUCCAAUAUGGACCACCCCCUGGCCUGGUUCCGGUGCCUCUUGUGGCUGCUGCUGCCACCGCCGCCGCUGUAUUUGCCUCCGCGAGGAGCCCACGCCUUCUUCCCCAACUUCUGGUCUCGCACCAUGGCUUUCACCUGGGACUCUGUCACCCACCAGGACAUGACUGAAGAGGCCAUUCUCAAUGUCACCUUGCGCAUCUUUGUGGAGAUGCAGCAUCCCACCAAGGGGAAACGUAUCCGGGAGGAGGACUUCAAGGGCAGGACCCUCCUGGCUGACGACAUCUUCGCUGCUUUCUACGGUCCCGAGGUGUCGGCUAAGCGCUUCCGCGGGGCUAUCGCCCAGGUGGCCAACGCCAAUGCCGCCAUGGACUUCACGAACACCACGCGGGACGACCCUGUGCUCCACUUCGAUUCUGAGCUCAUCCACUCCACGAACAGCUGGCUGUUGAAAACCCGCAAAGAGAUCCUCCAAGCUGUGCGUUCGGAGCAGUACGUCAUCGCCCGGGGCAAGCUGGGGCAGCUGCUCCAUACCUUACAGGAUUUCUACAGUCACAGCAACUGGAUUGAACUUGGCCAUCGGAAGAUACACCCCCACCUCCUGCAACCUGGCCGUGAAAUCAAGUCCAUCGCAGAAGGCUUUCUCUCCUGUUCCCCUCCAGCCGGCGUACGAACCUGCACGGACUGCUCUGACUGGACGUGUCAGGGAAACCUAUUGGAAGGUCUCCUUGAGAAGGGGCUUCUGACCACCGGUUUCUAUGGCGCCCAACCUGAAAAGCCAAUUGGAAAGUGCAGCCAUGGAGGGAGAUUUGACGACAGCCGCCACAGGGAGCCUCGGGGUGGUAUCAAUAAGGACAGCUCGUCCUCCUUGUUCUCGCCUCACAAUUACCUGCACAGGGAAGCAGCUGCCGUGGCCCAGGAGGCCUCAGUGCACUUCCUGGAGAAGCUGUGGCGGGAAAUAAAGAGCAAGCCGUUCAUGAGGCUACUGGAUAUCAGUCCAGCUACGGGCUUGAGCUUUGUUGUGGACACCACAGGAAGCAUGGGAGAGGAAAUCAGCGCAGCCAAGCGCCAAGCAUGGGAGAUCAUCACGGCCCGCCGAGGCACCUUCCAGGAGCCAGAUUUCUAUCUCUUAGUCCCUUUCAACGACCCUGAGUUUGGCCCUGUCCAUAAGACCAGCGACCCGGAUGAGUUCUGGAAAACCCUCAACACCAUUAGCCCUCUGAAAGGCGGGGACGAGCCAGAAAUGUGCCUUUCUGCACUUCAGCUUGCCCUCCAGAACUCGCCGCCGUACUCCGAGAUCUUCGUAUUUACUGAUGCAUCACCUAAAGAUGCACACCUGAAGAACAGCGUGGAAGCCCUCAUCCAGGAACAGAAAUGCAAGGUGACCUUCCUAAUAACAGAAGAUCCCUCCAGAACCCGGGUGAAAAGGGAAACACUUUCCCCAGACCGAUUCAACCUCUACAUCAGCCUAGCUCACAGCUCCGGCGGCCAGAUCAUAUUUACGGACAACGAGAACAUCCAGCGGGUGUCGGAAAUCAUCGGUGAAUCCAGCACAUCUUCGGUGACCCUCUUCCGCCACCAGGAAGGGAACAUCUUCAGCCCUAAGGGGUCGCAGCGGAGGAGGAGAAAGGAAGCGGCGAAGCUGGAGGAUCACACCUUCUGGAUCGACAGCUUGGUGGACAAAGUGGUCUUGACCAUCCAAGGGGGCAUUCGGGCCUUUGAGAUGCGGAACCCUGCAGGUGUAACGCAGGCUUCUUCAUCAGCCAGCGGCCCGUUGGCCAAGAUCCAGUCCAUUGGCAGCAUCUACAGAGCAGUCCUUUCUCCCCCUGUCCAUGCUGGUAAAUGGACUCUGACACUUCAGUCGCAAGGCCACUACUCUGUGCACGUCCAAGGUCAGAGCACCUUCGACUUCCUGUAUUACUUUGCGGUUCCAAAGGACGGACGCCACCCUGGGCUUUUCAUGAUGGAUAGUUCCCCUGUACAAGGCCUGCCCACUUACCUGGUCGUUAUGGCAACCAGUUUGAAGCGGUCCCCUGAGGCUGGCUCGGUUCAGCUGAAAGCGGUGAACUUGGAGGGGAGAGGAGGCAGCCUCGAGGAGCUGGAACUGGAAGGAGGAGCCAACCGGACAGACCUACUUGUGGCCAAGCUGCCUCACACCCUGAUGACCGACAGCAGCUUCUCUGUAGUGCUGCGUGCUAUGGAUGGAGACGGCCGGAAGGUGGAGAGAGCUGCCCCUCAAGCGACCACUGUGGAGGCAUCCCUGCUGGAGCUCAGCACAGACGCUCCGGUGUUCCCAGGGAGACCUGUUACCAUUGCCUGGAAGGUGACGAAUCCCGGCUCAUCCAAACAGUAUGAUCUGAGGGUAAGCAGCCUUCCUGGGUUCCCGGUCAACAUCUCCAGCUCCAGGCUACAAUUGGACUCUAACCAAACAGCAACUGGACUCAUUGCCUUGAAUGUACCCGAUGCCACUGAUCCUGGCUCUGUGAUCACCCUGACGCUGCAGGCCAGCCUCCUUCACCCAUCUGGGGACCCUAGCUUUGCCCAUCUGCAGCUGCUUGUGAUGCCUCUACCUCUGGUGCAGAACCCAGUCUCCUCCCCGGUCUGCAACGUCACUUCUGUCCGUGGGUCCUGUGGCCCACCACGGACCCCUUGCCACGACCAGCGCUGGACGGCCACCUUGCGGAUCUGGGACGAAGCUGGCGUCCGCUCGGUGCAGGUGGAAGGGGGCGCCGUGGUCGCUCACCACUCCGAUGGGCUGGCGGAGUCCGUCGCUUACACCUCAGACUGUUGCUCGCAGCAAGCCAGGCUGGUGGUCACCAACCUGCUUGGGGAGAAGUAUCAGUGCCAAGUGGCAUCGGCGCCCCCUGCUCUUACUCUGGAGCCAAGAGCGUCCCCUCCUGAGGACCUUAGGAAGCCUGUGGUGGCAGCGGGGGCUGCUGCAUCCUGGGGGUGGGUAUUAAUGGUGUUCAUGGCAACUGGAUGGAUGAUGUGUGCCACAUAGGGGAAACUCCCAGCUGUAGGAAAGACCUCUCUGCCUGUAGAGGCUGCCCUCUGUAGGGAUAUUGUGGCGUUUUAGCUUCCCGGGGAAGAGAAUGAAUGAGCUUGGAAGAUGCCGGGCAGAUGGGCAGACCCUGAAUUCUGGACCCCGCAAAGCAAAAGGCAGAUUCUGACUACUGACUAGUGUAUUGCACUGUGACUGAUAGGUGGUGAAACGCUCUGAGCCUCAGAUCCCACCCUCUUGACCUGAUCUGAGCUGCUCUUGAGCUUAGUGGCGGUGGAGUCUCAUAUGAAGAGAACAGAAGCUGCUGUAUAACUGAGCCAGAUCUUUGGGUCACGUAGCCCAGAUUGAUCUGUCUGGUUAGGGGUGCCUGCUGGCCUUUCAGCCUUAACCACUUCAGAUCCUUUUAAUGGGCGCAGUGGCAAGGUUGAAACUGGGACUUGCGCAUGCAGAACCACGUGGUCGGCCAGAGGGGCAUGGCUUCUCCCUGGAGGGAGAUGUGUGGGGCCCAAACCCACAUCCUCGCUGCUAUGAGUUCCAUGUGCAGAAGGGCAUUACUAGCCAGACUGAACAGGCCAUCUUUUCCCAAUCUCAUACUUUUUUCCCCUAUCUGUGCCCCCAUACCCUUUUAAUCAUUUGUCUGUAUGCACCCUCUACUGGUGUGUUGCAGUUCUGAACCCUUUCUUCUGCUGUGUACGUCUCCCCAUAUAUUUUGACCUGGCCGCCAGAUGUGUGCAAGGCUAACUGCUUCAUUUUUGCCCGCUGGAAACAUACUCGGUGGUCAAGUCUCCUGUUACCCCUGAAAUGGCCCCCAAUUUAUCCCCGGUGCUUCCUACAGUUGUCGUCCUCUUCAUUCCUUUGCCCCCAAAGCCCUCUCCAUUCUGUUCAUUACUUUCUUACUACGGCUGUAUAAAACUUUACACAGGCAGUGCUGGUUGCCUGGACGCACCCUCUGCACACCGUUACCUUCUGAUCAUUGAUCGAUUUCCAUUGUCUUUUUGCGUACUCGAGAGAAUUCUCAGGACUGGCCCUACUGUUAGGCAGAGGAAGGCGGCUGCCUCAGGAGGCAGAUGCCGAGGGUGUUAAAGCACUGGAGAAGAGAGCCCCACACGGACUGCCCUGCACCCCCUAAAACAAGCCUGCUCCCCUCAGGUGUACAGUGGGAAAGUGCUGUCCCAUUGCCAGAGUUGAAACGAGGUUCGACAGCCAGUCUGGCCAGAUUCUGUGUAUGGAAUCAGGGAAGGAGGCACCUUCUUCUCAUUCUUUGCUUCAGGCAGCAAAUGUCCUGGGCUGGCCCGGGGAAAUCUUCCUUUGCUCUUCCUCCCUCCUGUUCUUAUGUGUGUCUUUCCUCCCACUCCUGUUCCGUUUCCCUGCCUCUCUGCCACUUCAUCACUGGGUUAGUCUGUUGCAGGAAAA